CAUUCAUUAUAUGAGGUCAUGAACAUUUCAGGAAUGAAUAAUCAAUUCUAUAGUAAAUUUUAUUCACUUUAUAUUUAUUUUUAUAUUUCAGAAUUAUUAUCAUUACGCAUUUACUGGUAGAAUUAACUCUGAAUGAAAUCAGUUUUGAAGUUGUAUUUUAGAAAUAAAAAAAAUUAAAUAAAAUUUGUAUGUAAAGUAAUGUUUAAACCAUUAUCAACAAUACUCAGAUGUAAUAAGUUAUAUAAUAAGAUUUAUCUUCCGAAUAAUGUAUUAAAAACAGAACCGGUACGCAAUUUUAAUACAACUAACAAAAUGUUUAAAUCUUCGGCUUCUAACCUACAAGAGGUAUCAAAAGAUCAAGUUCAGGAAUUUUUAAAUUCCUUCGAUACUGUUUUGACUGACUGUGAUGGUGUUCUUUGGAUUGAUAAUAAUGCUAUACCUGGCUCAGCAGAGACCAUGAAUUAUUUUCGUAAACUGGGAAAAAGAAUAUUUUAUGUUACCAAUAACUCUACAAAAAUUCGUAGCGACUUUGCUGUUAAAGCACAACAACUGGGUUUUAUUGCAUCACAGGAUGAAAUUUUGUCUACAGCUUACUUAGUGGCACAUUAUCUUAAAGGUAUUGGAUUUACUAAGAAAGUUUAUUUAUUGGGUUCCAAUGGUAUUGGAGAAGAGCUAAAAGCAGUUGGCAUUCGUCACAUUGGUGUUGGACCAGAUCAUGUGCAACCGGAUUUUAAAUCAAUGAAGCCAUCAGAACUUGAUCCUGAAGUAGGAGCAGUGGUUGUGGGUUUUGAUGAACAUGUCAGUUAUCCAAAACUUAUGAAGGCUGCUUCUUACCUCUAUUCUGAAGAAUGUCUCUUCAUAGCCACUAAUACAGAUGAAAGAUUCCCUAAAGCAAGUUCAAUAGUUGUGCCUGGUACUGGUACAUUGGUGAGAGCUGUAGAAACAUGUUCUGAUAGAAAAGCACUUGUGCUUGGAAAACCACAUGCUUAUGUCAGAAAGUUUCUGGAGUCUUGUGGUCUUGAUCCAGGAAGAACUUUGAUGAUUGGCGAUAGAUGCAAUACUGAUAUUGAGCUUGGAGUACGCUGUGGUUUCCAAACGCUUCUAGUUUUGUCUGGUGUGACUUCUACUAAGGAUUUGGAGAGAAUUCGCAAUGAGAAAAAGCCACCAUUGCCAGAUGUUGUCUUACCCAAAUUGGGAGAUUUACUAUCUCUUAUACCAUCAUAGUGCAAUAUUUUUAUAAAAAAGUAGUAAAUGAAUUACAUGUACCUUUUUUGGUACAUAUAUUUAGGUCAAUUUGAAUACAAUUGUGAUAAGCUUAAACAGUAUUUAUUUGGAUGAAUCGUACAUAUUUAUGUUAAAAAUGUUUUUUUAUUUUUUUAAGCUUUUGACAAUGUGGUAUCAUCUAUCAUUGGAGAAUAUUCAUAAGAUAAACGCUACAAUCUCACUGUAAUUAGUAUACAAAUAGUGAUGAAUAAAUGUUUUUCCAGUGAUCGUA